AUGCCGCCAUCCCGCCCAAUACGCCGCCGAUACGGCGCUCGGCCGGCCGUUGCGGCAAUCCUCCUCGUCGCCGUCAUAGCCACCCUUGCUUUGUUCCAGUCAACGGCAUCGGGAAUCAUCGGCGAUGGUCAUCUGCGGGGCCGCUCCUUACUCAGUCCCCGAGGUUUGCACGAGACCGACGCCGACUGUCGCAACGUCCACGACGCCGCCGACCAGUGCGCUUUCAUCUUGGCCAACUGCGAGGACGACGAGGCCGGUCUGAUUCAUUACCUGUCCUUUUAUUACUGCACUCUGGGCUCCGCUAAGCCCGUCGCCUUCGCCAUCCUCGCCCUCUGGCUUGGCCUGCUGUUCACCACCAUUGGCAUCGCCGCCAGCGACUUCUUCAGCGUCAACUUGAGUACCAUUUCCAGCGUGCUGGGUCUGAGCGAGAGUCUGGCUGGCGUCACUUUCUUGGCCUUUGGAAAUGGCUCCCCGGAUGUGUUCAGCACCUUCGCCGCCAUGGGCUCUAACAGCGGGAGCAUGGCGGUUGGCGAGCUGAUCGGUGCUGCAGGUUUCAUCACCGCCGUGGUGGCUGGUUCCAUGGCCUUGGUACGCGAAUUCAAAGUCAGCAAGAGAACAUUUGUCAGGGACAUUGUCUUCUUUAUCGUCGCCAUCAGUUUUACCAUGGUCUUCCUGGCUGACGGGGAGCUGCACCUGUGGGAAUGCUUCACCAUGAUCGGCUUCUACCUGUUCUAUGUGAUGGUGGUCGUGGGGUGGCAUUGGUUUACGGCGCGCAGGAGGCGCCAGCGGGCGAGGGAUGUGGCCGCUCGCGCGCACCUCUACGGUGCCUCGGGCCACAGCUCCGAUGAGCUGGAACCUUACCGGGAUGACCCGGACGAGGACGACGCUGUUCCUGUUGGUAGCCGUUCGAACAGCACUUCGGACGGGGAUAUCAGCAUAUUGGAGCGGGGACCGCGGAUCGAGGUUUGGAGGGGUGCCGGCCGACGACGAUGA